GUUGGAUCCUUCUGUUUAUCGGAGGUAGCAUCGGGUUCUGACGCGUUUGCCAUGAAGGCAGUGGCAAAACAAGACGGUGAUGAUUAUCUUAUUACGGGCACGAAAACGUGGAUUACAAAUGCAGGCCAUGCUAGCUUCUUUUUGGUGUUCGCCAAUGCUGAUCCGUCUAAAAAGUAUAAAGGCAUCACAUGUUUCCUUGUUGACCGUAAUGAGGAAGGUGUACAAGUUGAGCGUAAGGAGGACAAACUUGGUAUACGGGCUUCAUCGACUUGUCCGGUUCAUUUUGAAAAUGUUCGCGUUCCGAAAUCUGCUAUACUUGGUGAAUUUGGCAAAGGAUUAGCUCAAGGUUGUUACGACAAUGCUAUACCACAUCUUCAAGAGCGAAAGCAGUUUGGAUCAAGGAUCAUUGAUUUCCAGGGCAUUCAACAUCAGAUAGCUCAAGCAGCUGUAGAGAUUGAAGCAGCUAGGUUACUCGUCUACAACGCGGCCAGAAUGAAAGAUAACGAUAUCAAGUAUGUGAAAGAGGCGGCCAUGGCAAAGCUCUACUCUUCUCAGGUAGCUACAAAUGUGACAUCUAAGUGCGUUGAAUGGCUAGGAGGUGUAGGUUUCACGAAAGAGUAUCCCGUGGAAAAAUUCUACCGUGAUGCCAAAAUUGGCAAGUUUGAAAAGCAUCAUUUUUUU